AUGAAUUGUAUAGAAGAUUCUUCAAUCUCUUAUUGUCAUUUGGAACUUGUCUCUUUGUUUCAAGAAAUCGGUAUUAGCUUCGAGCAAACCAAAUUUCUCUUGCGUAAUGCUUCCGAACUUACCUCGAUACAACUGGAUUCAUUGUGUGAUCGUGUUCUUUCUUUACAAUCUCUCGGGUUAGAUCGAAUGUCCAUCGACCACUUAGUCACAGAGAAAUUAAAUGUGCUAAUCAAUGAAAUUGACCCAUUGUUAAGCUUUUUGAGAAAUGAAUUUCCAGGAUAGAUUGAGAAAGAUAAGGUGAGACUUCUUUUAUCGGCUAAUGAAUUGUAACAAUUAUUUGAUUUUCCUUAGAAGGUUCAAUAGCUUAUUGGCUGCGGAAUUGUGGUCGACAAGAUUGUACAUGUGCUUAACAAAGUGAGUUUAUCAAAGGCGAUUUGUCAUAGGUCAAUGGAAAAAAUUGAAAGAAUAAUUAGUUUCUUUAAACCCUUUGGUGUUGCUGAUUUGAUUGUGAAAUACCCUAAAAUUAUCAACUAUGAUUUGGAUUAUCAGCUGAAACCAAGAAUCAGAGUUCUUACUGAGUUAAUUGGUGGAGACGAGGAUAGUACUGGGAAAGUACUGAAUAAGUUUCCUAAUAUCUUGAGUUAUACUGUGGAACAUGUAGAGAAACAUAUAUAGUUCUUGAGGUCUUUUGCAGACCUUAAUGAUCAAUAAAUAUUUAGGAUAGUGUUGAUGUUUCCACCUAUCUUCACUUAA